AAGUAAAUGUGUGUCACCAUAGACACGUCCGGGGUACUUGGAUGGAGUUCCUGUGUGAUAGCUAGUAAGGACACAUUUUCAUGAAAAACACAGUUAAAACUUAAACAAACAAAACCACCAUGGGGGGUAAGAACAAACAGCGCACAAAAGGAAACGUCCGGCCAUCCAGUAGCGGUCGAGCAGCCGAGGUUCUAGCCCGGGAAGGUGGCGCCAUCCCGGGUUUCGUGGGCUUUGAUACUACGGUCACCUCUGAGCUGAGUUAUGUUCCAGCUGUCCACGGAGCGGAGGACAUAGAUAACCAGGUGGAUGCUGAUUUCCGCCUGGUGCUGAGGAAACUCUCAAAGAGGGAUGUCGUCACCAGACUCAAGGCAGUGCAGGACUUUGGGACCAUGUGUCAAGAAAGGGAUGCAGAGGAGGUGAAAGGAGUUCUCCCAUACUGGCCAAGAAUUUACUGCAAGAUAUCAGUGGAUCAUGACCGGCGCAUCAGGGAAGCCACUCAGCAAGCAUUUGAACAGCUGGUGCUAAAAGUGCGUCGCAGCCUGGCCCCCUUUCUCAAGAGUUUGAUGGGCCACUGGAUUCUGUCACAGUGUGACACUUACACGCCUGCUGCCUCUGCUGCAUGCCAGGCCUUUGAGGCUGCUUUCUCGCCUGCUAAACAGCCCGAAGCUCUCGGCUUCUGCAAGGAGGAGAUCCUUAAUGUGCUUCAGGAUAUCCUAUUAAAGGAAACGGCCGACACUCUCAGUGACCCACAAAGUGUGACAGAAGAGGAGAGAGAAGCCAAAUAUCUUCGCCUGCUGACCAGUUCCCUGCUGGGUGUGAAGAAACUGCUUUCAAUGCUGCUCGAGAACGACAGAGCAGCACUGGAGCAGAAACUAGCUCUUCUGGUUAGCUCUGGGAAGUUCUGGAAAUACAGCAAGCACAAGACACCCCAGAUCAGAGGGGCCUUUUUUGAGAUGAUUUGCGCUCUGUGCCGAUUCACGCCACAACUGGUCCAGAGUGAAGUAGCACGACUCUGCCCCGCUGUUCUUCUCAGUAUCGACGACACCGAUCCUGUUGUUCUUCCUCAUGUGUGGGAAGCUGUUCUUCAUGUUGUGUCUACAAUCCCUGAUUGUUGGACACAUGUUAAUGCCAAAAAGGGCUUUCUCCCUAAACUCUGGGCUCUGUUAAAAGAAGGGGGUAAAGGCAUGGCUAAAGGACUCCAUCCAAAUCUAAUGCCUCUACUCAGUAAAUUGCCACAGGAAGUCACCGAUCCUAACAUGGACUUCUACACUAAUUUCUAUGCUGCGUUCCUGCAAGGUCUGUCUAGCGAGCGUGCAGUGACGAGCCCGUCGGAAAGUGCGGUCAUCGUGACCUCUUUUGUCGAGUGCUUGAGGUACUGCAUACUGCAGAACAUGGGAGAGGAGCAAUCUCAGGAGAAAAUAAGGAACAUGCUAAUUUCCCAGCAGCUCCUACCUUUAAUAGAAAAGGCUGUUAGAGAUCCUUCCCUCCAGAAUGGGCCUCUCUUCCUGCUGGUCACUGACAUGCUUGUUUCCUGGGAGAAGAGAGCGGGUUUACACGGUGAACACGAGGAGAUUAGCAGCAAGGAUCUCUUCAAGAUACUCUUGACAGACUUCUGGGAGGAACUCUGUCUCAUGUGUGUUCGAUGUGUUGACAAUGAGGAUGUGGAUGCUCAGACUUUGGAAGGUGUAGCCACUUUGCUGCAGGUCAUGCGUUAUCCUGAGAGAGUGAGCAGAAAACAAACCCAGAAGAAAAAAUCUGUCAGGCUGUGUCUCUCAAAGAACGAGGAGGAUGAGAAAUCAGUAAUUCAGGAGGAGGAAGUUGAAAAGCUCUCGCAGACGGCGUCCCUACAGACAGAGCAUUUUGAGGAUGCUGUUUGCCAGCUGGCGCAGCUGUGCCUGGUGCAUGUGAAUGAGAAAAACUCUGAGAAACAUCUUGUUUUUCUGGCCCAACUUCUGCAGUCUUUUCACACGCCAAGGAUCUUCAGUACCUUACUUGAAUUUGAUGAAGACGAACCUGGAGAUGAUAAAUGGAGGAAAGAGAAGAACCCAGCGGUUCGGUUCCUGUUGAAGCGGGUGGUCGUGUGGCUCGCUGAGAUGGGGUGCAACAAUACGGAGCACUUGGUGGAGAUGGUUUUCAGCUCACUCUGCUGCUGCAGCCUGGAGGAGACCACACACAUUCUCAAUCACAUCACCACGAUGGGUUUGCAGUGGGGAGUUAUCCUGCAAAUUAUUCAGAGGGCAUGUAAAGAUUCUGAGGCUCGCACAAGCUGCAGGGAAUGGCUGAAAGGUUCACUUCUUGGUGAGCAGCUGUUGGGACUGACCGAAGAGCUGUGCAAGGUCGGACGAAGCUCUGUGUCUUCCACAACUCAGACAAGCAACCCAAGCUGGACGCUCAUUAGUCUUGUUCUCUCUCAAAACAGCAACAGUGAGUCUUUGAUAGGGGAGGUGUACAUGGAGAAAAUGUUAGAGAAGCUCCACACCACUCUGUCUGAGGCGAAGAGUCUGUCUGACGCUGGCAACAUGGAGCCACUUAUCUCCUUCAUCUGCGACGUGGCUUCGUCUUUCUUCUCCUCCGUACAGGACUGCCUUCUGCUCCUCUCUGCUGAGGAGCUCCUGCUGACAGUCUUCAAGCUGACCGCUCAAGAUCAAAGACACACUCACUUAUCUGAAUCACUGUUGGAAAAGCUGAAGAACGUGUGUGUAGCUGGGGUCAAGUCACUGGUGCAACACUGUGAAUGUGACGUCAGGGAAGGCGGGUUCCUGCACAGUGCUGCCCUCUGGGUCAUGAAGCAGCUGCUUAGCAUAUCUAUGGAUAUUCAAAGUUUGCAGGUUCUUGUCGGAGCUGUCCAAAGCUUGGUGGAAACAAUCCUUUCUGUCGGGGGCCAGGCUACCUCUAUUCUCAGCCAAUUUUUUACCCAUUUGACACCGAGCCAGACUGAGUGGACCAGAAUCAGACACGCCCUGUCUCCGCAGUGGGUCAAAUCUCCUUUACUGUCCAGCCGUCACAGAGGAGUCUGUGAAAAACCCACCAAGGACAUGUGGAAGUUGAAGGAUUCAAACAGGCUGCCGGCUCACCUCUGCGUCUGUGCUGUCUUGGGAAGAGUGACGCAGACUGCUGCAGCUUCACCUUGUGACCAGAUGGAGGCGCCGCGUCCUUCAUUCCUCCCAAACCUUAAGGACGCAGUUUCAGAACUGCUGUAUGCACUGCAGUGGUGUAAGGAGCUUGACUACCGACCCGCGGUAGCAUCUGGGUAUCACAACCUGCUGGCUGAAUGGGGGCUAUUGGAUGGACUCCAUGGCAAAGUUCCAGUGAAUUCUCUGCUAGAGACCCUUUACUUAAGGUCAGUGACCGAGGGAGGUUUGUGGUCUCUGACUCUGGAGAACUACAUCCUCACCCACAAUUUGGCAGCCACUCACAGAAGAGCUCUUAAUAGACUUUACGACAGCGCAGAUAGUCUUUUCCCAGUUUCUCUGAGCAAACUAAGCACGCUCCAGGUACUCUGCCCUCUGAUGUCCAAAGAAGACAGAGAAACUCUGAUUGCCUUGGCAACUGCUGGAAUAGUCAACUGGCAAGAAAAUGAAAGUGUUUAUGGCUGUCUGGCAGUGCUGCUGUGCUGUCUUAACGGCAACACACCAGUAGAAGAGGAGGUCAUUCAGGCUAUCCUCACCACUAUCAUGGAAUGGAGAAACAGCAGGGAGGAUUGGUUCCUCUUUAGCUGUGAUCUUUCUGAAACAACAUCUGAACAGCUGAACCUCAACGUGGAGAUGAUCCGAUUCUUGUCUUGGCUGGUGAGCCGUUGUCCAGCUGUCCUUGGUGGAAACCAGUGGGACUUUUUACUCUGCUCCAUGUUGGCCUGGUUGGAGACGGCCAGUGAGAAUGUGAGCAGCCUUUGGAACCCUUGGGUCCAGCUGUUUGUGUGCGAGAACUCCAGGUUGAUCGUAACUCUGAACCAGUUCUUCACGUCGUCGUCUUCUGAAGAACUGGAGAAGCUGCCAGCAGAGCUGGCUGGUGAAUGGAAAGACUUCUUCGUAGAGGGAAUCUACAACCUCCUGUUACCCUUGCCGGUUAAAAUCACUGAGGCCUUUCCUGAACCGGAUGACCCUGUGUUCCCCAUGGCUGUUCUGCAGUCGCUUUGUUUGGCUCUGACCUACAUUCCAGUGCAGCAGCUAAACCAAAAUGCUUUGCCACCACGAUUCAUCGCCGACCAGAAGACGAACCUGCCGGAGUCUCUGCAGACGCUUUUGAACACCCUGUGUCCCCUGCUGCUGUUUAAGGCCAGACCUUUGCAGAUAACUGUUCACCACAUGCUGGAAAAGGUGAUGCCACAGCUGCCUGAGUGUGACGGCCUGCAGCUCACAGUUGACAAGAGUGUUGGCAUUGAGUCGGAGCUCCCUCACCUGGCCUGCAGUGUAUACUACAGCACAGUGCAGGACCUCCCUGCUAUGGUGCGUCUGUGGUGGAACAGUCAGGAGAAGAGAGUGAGCUCUGCCGUGGAGAAGUUCACCAGCAAAUAUGUCAGUCCAGUUCUGUCAGCCCAGGAGAUCUCCUCCGUCCAUGACAGCACUCAGAUGUUUGACAGCAUGACUGUCAAGGCCCGCUCAGCAGCACGAGAGGUGAUCGCUACCUACUCUGUGGACGACAUCUACAUCGAGUUGGUGAUUCAGCUGCCGCAGAACUACCCUCUGGGCUCCAUCGCUGUGGAAAGUGGGAGACGUGUGGGCGUAGCCGUGCAGCAGUGGAGGAACUGGAUGCUACAGCUGAGCACCUACCUCACACAUCAGAAUGGCAGUAUAAUGGAGGGCCUGGCUCUGUGGAAGAACAACGUCGAUAAGCGCUUUGAGGGCAUCGAGGACUGCAUGAUCUGCUUUUCUGUCAUCCACGGCUCCAACUACUCCCUGCCUAAGAAGGCUUGCCGUACCUGCAAGAAGAAGUUCCACUCUGCCUGUUUGUACAAAUGGUUCACCUCCAGCAACAAGUCCACCUGCCCGCUCUGCAGAGAAACCUUCUUUUAGUACUCCACUCAAUUCGGGAUGAAAACAGCUAUUACCGGAGGACUGGACCGAUGUUUACAAGCAGAAUAUUAUCUCAAAGCCAAUCCAGAAUGCUGUAUAAUUUCUUAGAUUGAAGUAAUUUCUGCAAAAAUUUCAAGCUAUUCCUAUUUUUCCAUCCCAUGUGUCCAUAUUGAAAUGUUGCUUAUAGUUCUCUAACUGCAUGUAUAUAGCAGUGCUUUUCUGUAUCGCUCAUGGGAAAGAUCAAUGCCCUCUUGUAAGCUUCAUCUUCUUCAAAUCCCCAACAUGCAUUGCAGAAAAAAAUGAUAUCAUGAAACUAAUUUGAUUUAGGAGAUAAAAUGAUUUUGAUGUGAUGGAAAGGGUGAAAAGCUGAUAGAAGCAUUACUUCUGAGUCAGUUUUCCUUGUAAAUUUCCUAAUAUUUAGGAGUGUAAAGUGAUUGCCUGAUUAGGGACAUUUUAUAUUUCAGAGGCAUGAAACAGAACUUUAAAAAAAAAAAAAAUCCAAUAUCAGAGCCCAACACUGUGUGUCUUACCCUGUGCCUACAUCCACCUGUACAUGAUGUUAAAGAAAUGAAAAUAAAUCUUCCUGGAUAAUAUUAC